CACGGAGAAGACGAUGAGUGGGGGCAGCCAGAUACCUGAUGACAGCCAAAGUGAACCUCUCUACUAGCAGCCCGUGUACUGAAUCAACACCCCCAGUGUAAAUACAGUAGUAACGUUUACUAUUUGCGAGAGACACUUUUUUUUGUAACUUUGAGACGAUCAGUCGAUGGAUAAAGUAGGUCAACGUCUUCUUCGGUACUGGUGCCAAACUGAGUGAACACUGUUGCUUCGAAUUUUAGCAUAAGUAACGUUGACGACGUUAGCCAGAAUGUUAGGUAUGUAGCAAGCAAAAGCUAGGUAACCUCUGUUUACGGUCGAUUAGCUCGUCGCUCUAGUCUGUAACGUUACUGACAAAACACCAGGUGGCCAGGUACUUCGUAAAGAUGGGUGACCUAGACCCAUCGGCAUCCCAUCCAUAUCAGUCAGAGGGGUUCAGUCCGCCAUACGGGAGGAGGAGGACGGUGGAGGAUUUUAACAAGUUUUGCACGUUCGUCUUGGCUUAUGCCGGCUACAUCCCGUACCCCCAAGAGGACUCAUCACUGCGCAGUAGUUCCAGUCCUCCCAACAGUACAGGCAGCACAGCUGACAGUGAUGGCUGGACUCCGGGACCCUCAACAUCCUGCCCACAGCGUCCCUCCAAAGUCCCCCAGGACAUGAGCAGGAAACGUCUACUCCCAGGAUCCACAAUGUCCAUCCACGGCAAGAAAGAUCAAGCAGUCACCACCCUGCACCCAGAUGACCGCAGGAAAGCUGAUAAGUUGAAGAAGAAGAAAAGGAGAAAGGAGAGGGAGCAUGCGGCUGGUGAAGAAAGUGGGCUUCAGCAGGCCAAGCCGACACUCCCAGAGCCGCCGUACCCCAUCACCUUUGGAGGCCGAAUGAUCAAGGAAGAGCCAGAAGAUGAUAUCAGCAUUCCUCUACACCCCAAGAUUCUGCCUAGCCCGGCCCACUGCAAGGAGGAGCCCAAUGAGGAAUGUCAAAACUGGGGUGGUCAAGAUCUUGAAGAAGGGGUAGUACAGGUACAGAAGGUGGAAGGCCUUUCAGGAAACCGAACGGUGUUCCGCCAGGGGAAACAGGUGGUGUUCAGAGACGAAGAUGGAUCAGGAGAGGAUGAGGACAUCAUGGUCGACUCCGACGACGACUCGUGGGACCUGGUGACGUGUUUCUGCAUGAAGCCAUUCGCGGGCCGCGCCAUGAUCGAGUGCAACCAGUGUAACACCUGGAUCCACCUGUCGUGCGCUAAGAUCCGCAAGAGCCACGUGCCAGAGACGUAUGUAUGCCAGAGCUGCCGAGAGUCACACGGAACCCUCGAUGCCCGCCGCUCUCAUCGCUCUCGCGUGGGCCCACGUAAGCAUCUGCUUGACUGACUCUAGGCUCAACCAUGAACUCUGACCCCUUCCACUCCUGCUUCCCCUUCCACUUGCUGGAUAGACCGUUGAAUUCAGGUCUCGCACCUUUCAGUCUCUGUCCUUCACGAUCAGCCAUUAACUCUUUUUCUAUGAACACUUUGGUGGACCUAACCCACGCCCUUAUCCCGCUUGAAAACCGUCAUUUUAGAUGUAGUAAAAUCUUUUGCUCCUGCUUCCCUACAGACUCUGUGCGUAAGGCAAUCACUGUCUGUAGAUGAUCUUAGCAUAGCAGCAAACUGCUGCUGUUGGGACUUGGUGACUCGUGAACACUGGAAAAAAAUUUAACUGCCAUAUAUAGAGAAUACCCUCACUACUGCCAUCCACUAUGGUGCAUGAUGGGAUUUGUGGAAAAAAAACUAUUUGCACUUUUCUCACUUUUAUUUUCCCCUUAAGAGAACCCAUAUGACCGGUCAUAGGGACUAGUUUGUCUUUCUGAUUCAACGGGAUUUGAUUUCUCUUAUAUACUUCUUGCUACAAAGUUAACUGUUAAAAUGAGAAAACAAAAAGAACCCAUGUGUUUGUUGCUUCAGAUGGUGCUACAGUAUUAUGCUGAGGUAUAAUCCAAUAGAGCAAAGUUGUGGGAUAAGAGACUGGAGUCUGCAUCCGGUUGAUGUUUGUUGUCCUGUUUUGUUAUUUAAGACAUUGUGAAAGAAUAUAUUUGAGUCUGAAAGCGUGUACAACUGAAAAAAGUGCUUGUCUACUUCGCAGACUGUCUUCCUGCCUUGCCUACUACGCUGAAAUCAAAAUGUUACUUUUCCACACAUAAGCUUUACCGCAAUUUCCCCAAGUUGUUUAAACAGUGUUCCUAUUUCACAAAAAACUUUUUUUUUAUGAAAUUUGUUUUAAAUAAAAAGUUAAUUUACAGAUAUAAAAAAAGCCAGAAGACCAUUUCAGUAAAGGUGUCGUCUUCUUUCUGUAUUCAGUGUUUUUGUUGCAUUUUUUCCAUACAUUGUUUUAUUUUCAAGUAACCCUAGCAUUCAACUGGUUCAUGCUCAUGACAAUGUUUUCAGAGAGUAUAUUUAUAGAAGGAAACUCUAUGACCGUCCUGUUUAAGUGUGUGUGUAUGUGUGUGUAUAUAUAUAUAUAUAUAUAUAUGUGUGUAUAUAUAUAUGUAUAUACUUAAUCACUUAACUGGAAAAUUGUGUGUGGAAAGAAUCGCUCAAAAGUCCAGUUAAAUUUAUGCAUGUGGGUGUGUUGGUUUGAAUGGUCGACAUUGUGUGAGGGUGUUACAUCUUCUGCUGUUGUCCAAGCAAGCCCGAUGCUUUUUGGUUUUGUUUUGUCUCCAAAGGGUCAGAACAGAAGAACAUUUCUCAUUCUGUGCUCACUAAUGGUCUCACAGCAGUAUUCAGUCACUUCCAAAUUCUGCAGGUUUAUGAAAGAGAUUUUUUUUAAAGCACGUUUUUGUUAGUACUGGAAAAUGGAUUUUAAGCUUUUUUAUUUAGCUAUUCAUGUGCCAUCUGCCGUUGUUUCUGAUUAUAUAAAAGCCAUACUGUAGUGACAGAUUUUAGACUCGGAACCUUUUAUAUUCGUCCAGGAUGGGAUUUUCAAUGACCUGACUGGGCAAUGACCCACAAUGAACGGUUGUUUUAUAAAGAACAUACAACUUUAUAGAGUUAAAAGUGGUUAUGCUUGUCUCUGCGCUCGUCUUCUGGGUUUUAUAUAUGUUCAUCAACUACUUUUUACCCAGCAAUCUCCAGAUCUUAAAGAACAUCAGGUUUUGAUGUUUUUAAGACGUUUCAAGACCUAAAAUUAUUUGCUGUUUCUCGGGACGUUCACAACGCGAUGAGAGCCUGAGGAGACAUCUUCAGGCACAAAUGUGUAAUUUUAGUCUGCGUCUUUAAGACAUCAGUUUGAUAAACGUUACCGUUACUCAUUGUGAUACAGCUCGUCAAUUCUGAUCUUGGGUUAUCCUGUCCCCCUUUUGAGAAAGCGUUGUCUGUACUGUGGUGCAAACUGUUUCUGUGAAACUAUUGUAAAUAAAGAGUUACCAUUUUAACUUUA